AUGGUCGUAAAUAACACGUUUCAUGUUUAUAUUACUAGCGAGAUGUAUUUUGUAUUUCUUGACUUAAAAAUUACAAACAAUUAAAAAUUAUUUUAUCGGACAUAAUAUUAUUAUCAAUAGUCAUUAAAACUAUUUAAAACAAAUGGUGAUCGCACGCAAGUAUUUUCAAAUUUUCAUAAUAAUUGGAAUAUUCUUACAAGACGAAAUAACUGGGGAGCGGAGGCGAAGAAAGAACAUAGAGCUGGAAAUACUGUAUGGUAGUGCAGACAUAUUGGAGGUCAUCAGAAGCAGAAGACUACGGUGGGCUGGCCACGCUUGGAGGAGCCAAAAUCCACUUUUACAUGCAGUGAUUGAACAAAACCCUGUAGGAAAAAGGCCUCUGGGAAGACCAAGAAUGCGUUGGGAAGAUGUUGUAAAGAAGGACGUUGAGCAGUUGGGAGGUUGUUCCAACUGGAGAAAUCUAGCAUUGGAUAGAGAAAGAUGGAAGCUUGGUUGUGAGACGGGAUGGUCUUAAAGGCCCAAUAAA